AUGGCGCUGAGCACAAUCGAGGGGGUGCCCAACCUCUACGUCGGGGGUCUAUGGGCUCUACGCCGCUCACAGUCACUCCUGGACCGAAAAGUCACCCACGUCCUGUCCCUCGUCUCCUUCAACCCAUCCAGUCUCAAAAAUUUCAAGGACGAGCCCUUUUCCGAGUACGGCAAGCCGUUCAAGCAUCUUCUCAUCGAUAUUGACGACGUCGAAGACUCGGAUCUCCUCAUCGAGCUGCCGAGGGCUGUCAAGUUCAUCGAUGAGGGCCUCCGGGGUGGGAGAAGUCAGCACCAGAGCUCCAACAGCGAUGCCGUUGCUACACCGGCGCCAAGUUCAGCUUCAGCCUCGGAUCCCCCACGAAGUCACCCCAAACGCGGGGCCGUCUUUGUCCACUGCGCCGCCGGCAAGUCUCGCUCCAUCUCCGCCAUCAUCGCCUAUCUCCUGUGGCGUUACCCAGACCGCUUCACCGGCCCUGCAGGCGCAGAGCUGGCCGCGACUCUACCAGAGGCCCAGGAUCCGGAAGACAGCUACAAGUCCUUCAGCGAGCCCGUCCGGGCGGCCCUGGCGCUCAUCAAGCAGACACGGCCCCUUGCCGGCCCCAACACGGGCUUCAUGGCCCAGCUCGAUCUGUGGUGGCAGAUGGGCUGCCCUGCCGACGGCGAUAUGGAGGCCCAGCCCAUUUACCAGAGGUGGCUGUAUCAACGCGCCGCCAGGGAGAGCCUCGCUGUGGGACAGGCACCGUCACAGCUGUGGUUCGAGGACGAGGCUGCAGCUCAGUCACCGUCACAUCCGGCAGCCUCGUCCCUGUCAUCGUCAUCGUCGCCUUCCCCGGCCCCCACGGCGGACCGGAGGCUCCGCUGCAAGAAAUGCCGCCGCAUCCUGGCCACAGGGCCCUUUAUCGUCCCGCACCAGCCGCGCGCGUCCGAGAGCGGCAGCGAUGGCGACAACAGCACGCUUUCUCCCCCUCCUCCGCCGUCCUCGAGCCCGCUCUGCCAGCACUACUUUGUCGAGCCGCUCAGCUGGAUGCGCGCGGAGCUGGAAAAGGGCGAGCUGAGCGGCCGGCUCGCGUGUCCCAACCCCAAGUGCGGCGCCGGCGUGGGGCGGUACGACUGGAAGGGCUUCCCGUGCUCGUGCGGCGCGCGCGAGGACCCGGCUUUUUCGCUGCAGAAGGCCAGGGUCGAGGAGGAGGUUUCCAGGGCGCCCUUGCGGAUGCCUCCUGGCCGAGGCGGCAGCGGCAGCAAGGGGAAUCUGUGA